AUGCCCACGACUGUUGAGGACAUAUAUAAAGCCUAUGAAGAAAUUGAAGAAAUUGCUAAAAUAGGCCCUAAGGGCGAUGAGGUCAAGAAAUCAUAUGAAACAAUAAUUUCUGGAGCACACGGAGAAAGUAAUUGCAAGCGCCUCGCGGCACAGUUCAUCCCAAGGUUUUUCGGUAAAUUUCCUGAAUUACACGAGACGGCUAUCGACGCUCUAUUUGAUCUAUGUGAAGACACAGAUUUGAAUGUGCGAUUGACUGUAAUAAAAUAUUUACCCAAUGUUGUCAAAGAGUCCGACAAGGUUGCGGUACGAAUUGCUGAUGCCUUGGUACAAUUAUUGCAAAAUGAAACAACUCAAGAAAUAGCUGCCGUAAAAAAGGCACUAGAGCAAGUAAUUCGUUUAUCGCCUCACGACUCCAUUGUUGCGAUAUUCCAACAAUCACUCAAAGGAUCUCCCGAAGUCCGUAACAGGACAAUUAAUUUUUUAUCCAGUGAUUUAAAUCGUUUCAAGGAUGAUUUAUUUGCAAAAGGUCAAGAUGUUGAGGCAUGCUUUGCUAAUGAA